CAAGAGCAAUUAAUAAUAUUCUUAUAGAAUUCAAUCCAAUAAAUAAAACAUUAACAUUUACUACUAAUAAUAAGUCAGCAAUGUUGGUUUAUGAUGCUUAUAUUUUAAAUUUAGCUGCAUGUCAUGAACUAGAAAUUGUUGAUCAAGAUAUUGUUAAUAUUCGUAUGUUAAUGUUAAAGAUUAAAGGAUUAAUAGUUUUAUGUGAUGAAUUAAAAGAGCUAUACAAAAUGCAAAAAUUAGAUUACCUAAAACUAGAAUUAGAUAUC